CUUUAUUUUCAAGCAGGCAUCGCUUCAGACAGCUGUAAAGCGGUUGUUCGGGUCCUUAUUCACUGAGCUGCGGAGGAUCAUCAUUCAACAUGCCGACUGUCGGGGUGAAACGAGAUCUUCUCUUCCAAGCUUUGGGCAAAACUUACACUGAUGAGGAGUUUGACGAGCUCUGCUUUGAAUUUGGCCUGGAGCUGGAUGAAAUUACCUCGGAGAAGGAGAUAAUCUGCAGAGAGCAGGGCGACUCUAAGGCUUCGGGAGCAUCUGACGUCAUCCUGUACAAGAUCGAUGUGCCGGCUAACCGCCAUGACUUGCUGUGUCUGGAGGGGCUGGUCCGUGGACUGCAGAUCUUCAAGAAUAAGCGGGAGGCGCCACGCUACCGACGGGUCAGCCCAGUCAGCGGAGAACGUCAGAGACUGAUCAUCACUAAGGAGACGGCGGCAGUACGACCACACGCCGUGUCAGCAGUGCUGAGAAACAUCACCUUCACACAGGAGAGCUAUGACAGUUUCAUCGAGCUUCAGGAGAAGCUGCAUCAGAACAUCUGCAGGAAGAGGAGCCUGGUGGCCAUCGGGACCCAUGACCUUGACACCCUCUCUGGCCCUUUCACUUAUACGGCCAAACCUCCUGGAGACAUCUUCUUCAAGCCGCUCAACCAGACCAAAGAGUACACUGCCACCCAGCUCAUGAGCCUCUACAAGGCAGACAGCCACUUGAAACAUUAUCUUCACAUUAUUGAGGACAAGCCCGUGUACCCAGUGAUCUAUGACAGCAAUGGCAUUGUUCUCUCCAUGCCUCCAAUUAUCAAUGGCGACCAUUCGAAAAUCAGCCUGAAAACAAAGAAUGUCUUCAUUGAGUGCACGGCGACCGAUCUGACCAAGGCUAAGAUCGUUCUGGACAUGAUGGUGACCAUGUUCAGCGAGUAUUGUGCACAGCCUUUCACGGUGGAGGAGGCUGAGGUUGUGUGCGCAGAUGGCAAGACCUGCAUAUACCCGGAGUUGGCUUACAGGAAGGAGAAGCUGACCAGCAAGUUCAUCAACCAAAAAGUUGGCAUUAACGAGUCGACUGAGAACAUUGCUCAGCUGCUGACCAGGAUGUGCCUGCUGUCCAAGACCACUGGUGUCGGCGAUGAGAUUGAGGUUGAGAUCCCACCCACUCGUUCGGACAUCAUCCACGCCUGUGACAUCAUGGAGGACGCCGCCAUCGCCUACGGUUUCAACAACAUUGUCCGCACUACACCAAGCACCUACACUGUGGCCAACCAGCUCCAGCUCAAUAAACUGACAGAGCUGUUGAGACAAGACGUGGCAGCUGCUGGAUUCACAGAGGUUCUCACCUUUGCUCUGUGUUCUAAAGACGACAUAGCAGACAAGCUGAGAAAGGAGAUCUCAGAUACGAAGGCGGCUCAUAUUUCCAACCCCAAAACUGCCGAGUUCCAGGUGGCACGAACCACCCUGUUGCCAGGCCUUCUGAAGACCAUUGCAGCCAACCGGAAGAUGCCCCUUCCCCUCAAACUGUUUGAGAUAUCUGAUGUGGUGCUGAAGGAUGAGACCAAAGAUGUUGGGGCCAGGAACAGCCGCCGCUUCUGCGCCGUGUACUACAACAAGAGUCCAGGCUUCGAAGUGAUCCACGGUCUCCUGGACCGAACCAUGCAGCUGCUCGACGUGAAGUCGGCCCGAGGAGAGGGCUACCACAUCCAGGCCGCAGACGAUUCCACCUUUUUCCCUGGCCGCUGUGCUGAGAUCUUUGUGCACGGAAAGAGCGUGGGGCGCCUCGGAGUCCUCCACCCAGACGUCAUCAACCGCUUCGAGCUGACCAUGCCCUGCUCCGCGCUGGAGAUGGACAUCGAGCCUUUCCUUGGCCGCACCGCUGAAAUCACCCUCACACGCGACGUCCCCAUGCAAGAAGUCAUCAAGCACAAGUUCCCCUCGCGAGAUGAAUCCGAGCUCGCCCCGCUCACAUGCCCUCCUUCUUCCACAAACACAGUGUUUGGGGACUUGAGCUCUCAAGCCGGUCUGAAAGCCCUCAAUAAUUUUCUGGCUGACAAAAGCUACAUAGAGGGCUUUGUGGCCUCCCAGGCCGACACGACCGUGUUUGAUGCCAUCCCGUCCCCUCCCUCGCCGACUUUCUGCCACCUUCUGCGCUGGUACAACCACGUUAAGUCCUUCCAGAUGGAGAGAGCUUGUCUCCCAUCAGCCAAGAGUCAAUUUGUCUUCCCGGCUAGUCCCACCGCCCCGGCGGAAAGCACCAGCGAUGACGACAUCGACCUUUUUGGCUCGGACGACGAGGCCGAGAGCGCGGAGGCGGCCCGGAUCAAAGAGCAGCGUCUUGCAGAGUACGCCGCCAAGAAGUCCAAGAAGCCAGCUCUCGUCGCCAAGUCCUCCAUCCUGCUUGACGUCAAGCCAUGGGACGACGAGACGGACAUGGCCAAGCUGGAGGAGUGCGUUCGCAGCGUCAGCAUGGACGGGCUGCUGUGGGGGCAGUCCAAGCUGGUGCCAGUGGGCUAUGGCAUCAAGAAGCUCCAGAUAGGGUGUGUGGUGGAGGACGAAAAAGUGGGCACAGAUCUGCUGGAGGAAGCCAUCACCGCCUUCGAGGAACAUGUUCAAUCUGUGGACGUGGCUGCCUUCAAUAAGAUCUGAAUCGUACGGAUGGAGAAUAGCUCAACUGAAUCGGACUAUCCGAUUUUUUUCCGGUCUUAGCUUAAACCAGGUGAUGCGUCCCAACAGUAAUGUAAUGAAACUCAGGUCCUUUCAGAAAGACUCUUGCCCUCAGACAUCAAAUAAAGCCAUUCUAACUUUUGAA